ACAUUAUUAGAUUUAUCUUAUAUGAAAUAGUGAAUUCGCGCCGCUUACGCCGUCGUCUCUGACGCGAUAAUUGCGGGCUCCAGCGCAGCUCCUGCAAAAUGAAAAUCAGCGAGGAAAUUCCCCACCAUCUAAGCAAGGGUAGAAGAAAGAGGAUCAUCUGGAGGGGGGGGCUCAAGGCAGCAGCAGUGAAUGCACGACCAACUAAUAAUGCGAGCCGACAUGUCAACAUCCCGCAUGCAAAUGCGUUCUGAUGGUGUUUCGAAGUCUGUUUUACGUGGUCGCAGCCUCUUGUGUUGAUCUUCAUGCGAUAAAUCAACGCUAGAGAGGACCUCGUGGGGGAAGGCCAGGAAGCUCCUCAGUGUCAAAAUUUGUCGCGCCUCGCAUCGACCUUAUUCCACCAAAAAUUACCGUCAUGUUCUUUUUAUUGUAUUGCCGCUGCCUCGCACAGGUAAAAAGAAAACAGCAAAAAGGCUUCCGUGAGAUGAGCUGUUUUGUUCUAAAAAAAAAAACUUCAAUGCGGGGGAUGCCGCUGAAGGUGCGUGUUCAACAGAUGUCAAUAGGAUGAACUGACGGUUGUCUUAGUGCCUCCAACGCGGGAUAGCAAUUCUGCCUCAGAAAAUAGAAGCUUGUAAAGUAAGUGCUAUGGGAUCUCUUUUGAUUUUGAUAAUUGACUCUGCUCUCUUCUUUUUUUUUGACAAAAGAGAUAACGAGAGAUCCAAUCGUGUGGUUUCCCUCUCAGUUUGAUGUCUUUAUUGCUUCUCUUGUUUUCCUUCAAAAAAAAAAAAGGGAAGCUACGAAACGACCCUCCUUUGCUCCCAUUCCAUCCCUCGCCCUUACCAUCCUCCCAACAGUCCACUCAAUUUCAAAGUCAUUCCAAGCUAUUCCACCCACAUCUCAACCCCCCAAACCCCCAUCCGACCAAUAAUGAAGGUGAUCGUCCUCUCGAGUAUGCCAGGCUCCCGGCGGGAGGUCCUCGAGCUCCCCAGCGGCGCCACCCUUGACGACCUCAAACGCGCCUACCGCCCGGAGCUCUCCGUUCACCGGAAGUCCUUCAAAGUCCCGGCGAAGUCGGAGGAUCCUUCCCGCGAGCGCAGCCUCAUCACCCUCGUAGGGAAGCGCCCGCUCGCGGAGCAGGGCGUCGUGGAUGGGGUCGAGCUCGUUUAUAAGGAUCUCGGCGCGCAGAUCGAUUAUCGAACGGUGUUCGUUGUGGAGUACGCGGGGCCGAUCGCGUUUAUGCUGCUCUACGCGAUGCGUCCGUCGUUCAUCUACGGCAGCCACGCCCAUUUCACGCCUUACGGCUACGCUCAGAAGGUGUACAUCUCGCUCUUCCUCGCGCACUUCGUGAAGCGGGAGUUGGAGACCUUCUUGGUGCACAAGUUCAGCCGCCCGACGAUGCCGUUGCGGAAUAUUUUCAAAAAUUCGAUCUACUACUGGUCGUUCGCGGCCUUUAUCGGGUACGUUCUGUGCAACCCGAAGUACACCGCGGCGAGCGCGCUGCAGGUGAACCUCGGUGCCGUUAUGAUGAUCCUCUUUGAGCUGCUCAACCUCGCCGUGCACGUGCAGCUCAGCGGGAUGCGGCGCGCGGAUGGGGAUCAGAGCCGCGACGUCCCCAAAGGGCCGCUCUUUGCCCUCGUUUGCUGUCCGAAUUACUUCUUCGAAGUGAUGUCGUGGGUUUCCUUCUCGAUCGGGACGAAUCUCCUCUCGUCGUGGUUUUUCACCGCCGCCGGGCUGCUCCAGAUGACGCCGUGGGCCCUCAAGAAGCACAGUGGGUACGUCAAGGCGGACCCGAAGAAUAAGAAGAAGAAGUCGAUCAUCCCGUUUAUCAUCUAA